GACGACCAUGUUACCGUACACUUUUCAUCAGUUGUUUCCAAACAGUUGUACCCGAGCUUACCGAGAGCAGUGCAAGCUUUUGUGAGCGUACCGAUUGAGUGUUUUGUGUGGGGGAAAACCGUUUCUAUUGCAACAAGACAUACAAUAUCGAACUGAUACGAUACAUUGAAAAAAAUUGCAAAGUGGAAUAUUCUGGUGUGCUAUACAAUACGAAUUGUGACAAAGCGUGUAUGUGCAGUUAAUGAGAGACAAGCUUUCCUGAAGGACUUACACCACACUAGGAAAGAAUCAGUAGAAUAGAAGUGGACACUGGAAGUGGAAGUUUGUUCGAUUGAUCAGCUUAGUGCAGAGUGAAAAUCUAAAACAAAAAAAAACUCGAACGUGAUGAUGAUGGCGUUGGACAAGCUGGACACGGGCAGCAACGGUGGAUUGUCGGUGUCGGGCACGGGACGACACAGGCGUCAUGCGGAAAGCAGCACGCCCGAACCGAUGGACGGUUUCUACAUCGACAUACCGACGCCUUCGACGCGCAGUGUCUCGCCACUGUCGGCGUCCGUAUCACCGGGCAAGGAGAAAUCGUUCAGCUUCUUCAAGAGUGUCUAUCGCAAGAUAAGUCUCAAAUCGAACGAUGACGAGCUGGACCAGUUGGGUGUACAGGGCGAUGAGGAUUCGCGCAGCUCGUCCGUCGAUUCCUGUUCGUCGAUCAGUGACCAUCGGGACCAGCCAGCUGAGAAAGCGGCCAGCAGGAAGCUACAACUACAGCUUUCCAACCCAGCACUAUCCAGUGCGUCCAGUGAUUCGGGCGUUAGUGGCGCCCCGAAACGUGGUGAUGAUGAUGGGGAGGAAGGUGACGUUCGGGGUGGGAAUGCUGAAGGUGCUAAGGAAAAUCGUCGCAAAUCAAGACGAUCGUCGGUGCUGAGACUGUUGGAAAGUCUCGCCAUCAAUGCACCGAUGCGUUCGCGGUCCCUAUCGUGCAGUAACAGCUCAGUGAACAAUCUGCUUCACAUGAAGGGACGCGAAUCCCGGGCAGAGUCCAAGUGUUCACUCUUCAGCACAAACAGUGCCAACAAUGGAACGUCCGGUAAUGGUGGUGAACGGAUAAGCAAAGAGUCGAGUAAACCACCACCGAAGAAAAUAUUGCGACGACCCGUCUCGUACACCUAUCUGCGAGGAAUAUCCGGUUUGCCGACGCAGCGAGUACCACGAUCGUCUAUCUGCUGUAGCUACUAUGGACGCUAGGAAGGACGGUGUAGCCAUGUGGAGAAAACUGAAAAAAAACCAACACCAUAUCAUUACUAUUUCGUCUACUAAGCCAACGGAGUUAGUGGUGGUGGAAGACGGAAGGUACUACUACCAUUUUGUACAAGAAAGUGCAAAAAAAAGAACUGAAAACGCAUACUAAGGGAUGAGCCAAAUCUCACAAACGCAACAAUUGGGAACAGAUACAUAAGUUUUCUAAAUUAGUAGACGUAUAGCGUUUUCUUCUUCUGCAACAAAAACAGGAAACGGAAGUUAUCGCUUAGUAUGCCGUGAUGCGAAAAAAAGACGUACCUUAGCAAUGUAAGAAAUCGAAUAUUAGUAGUAGAGUUGGUAGUAGGUGAUAGAUUCGGAAAGGGUAAACGGGACACGAAGGACACGAAUGUUCUCUGACACAUGUACUACAAACUGCCUGGCAUCUGUUUUGCACACCCCCCAAAAAAGGAAAUGCUCUUGGGACACUAACCGAACCGAACUAAUUUACUAUUUGCGAUCAAAAGUGCAAUUAUUCUACUCGAUCGAUUGAGAUACAUCGUGACGAUUGAGGAAGAAGCUAAUCUAGUGUGACAAACUCUCUUAUGAUGAUGGUUAAUGCCAUUGAUGAUGGCUGAUGAUGAUGAUCGUAGAAGCUUCGCGUUACAAUAGACAAAAGAACACGACACUUAAUGGAAGAAUAGCCAAAAAAAAAGCCAAAUGCCAACAAGUGCAGCCGAUGUAGAGAUACGUUAUCUUACAAGUCGAAGAACUAUCGCAACUUUAAGAGUUUAGUAGUUUAGUAGCGAAGGAAACCACUCAUAUUUGCCUCUAGAAAUUAUGGUUGAACGGAGGAGGGCGUCCGCUUUUGUAAAUAAAUAUUAAAAUAUUAAUUCAAACAAACUAAA